UUAUCGCCCGUCACCGGGCUCUCUAUCACAGAUGCCAAACACACAUCUCAAAUGGAGUUUUGCAAUGAGCCUACCGAGCAUACCGAGCCUACCGAACCUCAGCCCGACCCCUUUGAUAAGAUUAACACAAUCUUGGACUGUCUCGAGUGUGGUAAUAAGUUCUGUCAUUGGCAAACGAUCACGACGUUCAGUGAGGAUAAACUGAAUUUACUUCCCGAUGAGUUCUAUCACUAUGACAGUGAUAAGUGCUAUGAGACUGCACAGCAGUAUUGCAUUCCUUGUGCUACAAAGCUUAUAGCUGAAGCGGAAGCGGACGCGGAAGCGGAGCGCGUCAAAGCGGAAGCGGAAGCGGAAUGCGUCAAGGAAGCGGAACGCGUCAAAGCGGAAGCUGAGGCUAAACUAUGCUCUUGUGAUUUCUGUGAAGGUUGCAUUAAAGAAGUUGAAAAAGACACUGCGCAAGUGGAACAAGACAGUGAAGAGGACAGUGAAGAUGAUGUUUCUUGCUAUUGGAAACAGGGAGCUUUAAAGCAUGUUGAUCGCAUGCAGGCUGAAAUAGACCUUCCUGACAAUAUGAGUGAUCAUGACGCUUUUGCGGAGUGGUUGAAAAACUCAGGCUUGGAAUUGGACCACGCUCCAAAUGAAGACCAACUUACUUACCUAAAUCUAAUAUGGUCCGAGGAAACUGGAGUUACAGAAGAGGGCAACCUUGGUUUUCAGGGGUAUUUAUGUUUCUUGGACCGCGACCUUACCCAAGUUGAUGAUAAACUGAUUGGUGGCUUACAAGAAUUGGAAAGCGGCUUUAGUCAUCUUGAAAUGUGUCAAGAAGCUAAUGAUAUCAACAACAAGAUGAAGCAAGGCUCAUUUGAUCUAAACACUUGGCUCGAUGAAAUUAAAGACAGUGAUGAAAACUCUAAAGACAGUGAAGCGGAAGCGGAAGCGGAAGCGGAAGCGAAAGCGAAGGCUGUCAAACACCCUUGUUGUGAUGAUAUUGACGAAUAUGCUUGGUUCAAGAAGGGUAAAACAAAAGAGGAAUUAGAAUACAAUGAGGUUAAUUUUCAUCAUAAUACAAUCUAUGAGAGACUUCCUCGCUAUUAUUUGACUAAUGAGAUAAUUGAUGAACAAAUACCGCAUCCAGCAUCUAUUAACGAGGAGGGUGAAAUUGUCCCUUUUGAUGAUAUUAUUGUAACUUGGGAUGUAGUAAUGAAUUUUGAUUUUUACGAUAGAACCGAACAUCUUGGGAAAUACCAGCACUUUUUCCACGAAGCGGAGGCGGAAGCGGCAGCGGUGCGCGUCAAAGCGGAAGCUGAGGCUGAACUAUGCCCUUGUGAUUUCUGUGAAGGUUGCAUCAAAGAAGUUGAAAAAGACAGUGAAGAGGAAGCAAAAAUCAUCAAACGCUUGGAAGAUGUGCUCAUGGAUAAAUUGAAUCUCAAACCCUUGGAAGUGCAAUUUCUUCCUCUAUCUGACAUUCUUGAAACGAUGAGUGAUACAGACGAAAUUAUCAACUACGUUCGAGAAAACUUCCUCACUAAAUCAGGAAAGUUCUCACCUUAUCUUAUUUGUGAUGAAAACUCUAAAGACAGUGAAGAAACCUCUCAAGAACUUCCUGACAAUAUGAGUGGUCAUGGCGCUUUUGCGGAGUGGUUUGAUAAAAAUAUCAAAAGCGUGGAAGACUGCGAGAAAGAAGGACUCUGCUUUGUUGAUGUAAUGAAAGAAUGGUGUAAGGAGAACAAUCAUGAAUGGACAAGCCAAGGUGUCAUUAAUGGGAAUGUUAUGGAUGAAAGCUCUAAAGACAGUGAAGACAGUGAAGACAGUGAAGAAGAUGGUCCUGACUGUUGUAUGUUCUGCGAUAAACGCUUUGAUUUCCAGUGGACUAUCAACAAGAAUCCAAAACUGUAUAAUUGGUAUCUCUUUGAAGGACACGACGUUGAUGAAGGCGGCAAAAAUGUGAGGGAUGGUACAUACCACUGUUCAUAUAUACCACAUUGGGGCCGCAAAGCGGAACCCUUUGAUACUUCUGCUGACGGACUGUCCAUUCAUUUGUAUUCGGAGUAUGGGAAACAAGUAGGGAAUCCCGCUGGCAUUUUCUGCCCACCAAAAAAACUGCCCAACAUGCGUACUCACGCGGUAUCUUUGGGGACUGAUUUCGAUUCCGUCUUCCCCAACGGCGCCUGUGCUGACUAUGAAUCAUGGUGGGGAGAUAAAUUAAGUUUUGUUCUCGCUGAUAUCAAUUUCUUGUGCACUGCAACUAGUAUGAUUCACAUGCUCGAGAAGGAUCGGGUGUCGAGUUUGUGGAUAAGAGGAGAAACUACAAGCUUUGGGGUGUGUGCAUUCUAUACACUAUGGUUUGGCUCUAGAUUUAUUUUUCGGAAAUAUGGCUUGGAGCGGAUCGUUAUGCCCUUGCACAUAGAGCGUUAUCCUGGGGUCAUGGAGUCUUUGCAUGGCAACCUGAUGUUGUUGCAUAAAAUGGUCGUGAACUUGGCUCGCAGUGGCGUAUGGGACACUAGCUCUAGUGUUGUCACCAUCGUUUUGGGAGCUAGCACAUUUGGGGUGGCGCCCAUAGGCUUAAUUUUCACGGUGGUUUCUGUUGAACCAGCUGCUGCCGCAAAGGCUCGAAAAGAAGCUAAGUCAAGGAUAGUGCAAAAGGCUCUUCCUUCGUCAAUGAGUUUACGACGACACCCAAAUAGAGACGAUAACGUCGAGGAGGGCUCCCAACCGGAAUCCUCAGUAUCAGAGAUGAAUGAACGAGAGAUGCUAGAACUGAAUUUAAGUGUGGAUGACCCACUGCCACGCAUCUGUCGCAAUCCAGUCGUUAUUGAGCAAGAUCUGACACGGUACAGCCGCAGCGUUCGUCACGUCGCGCAUCAACAACCGGCCGUUGGCCCGCGCGCGCCCCACGCCGUCGGACAAAAACUCGCGGAGGCGCGCACGUCGACAUGUGCUCUCGGAAAUUGA